AGCGACAGACCACGCCCUACGCUCUACACAGUGAUCCCCAGCGCAAAACAGGCGAUACACUGGCUUACCUCAGUCUGCCUCACCUUCAACCGGCCCGACCGAGUGGUGCCAUCAUCUAACAACGACAACAUCUAAGAAAAACAUCCGAGACUACGUCCAUCUUUAAAGAUUUGGCCAGAGGAUGAAUUCGACAUAAUAUAUUCUUACAAUGAUGUAACCCACUGCGAUUUUAACUAGAGUUUAUAUGCAUAGGAAAUUUUUGCUGCGACAUGCUCGAAGCAUCAUUUUUGGUCUCUAAAUUGUAAUUCAUCCGUAGUUAACUGUCAAGCUUUACCUCUGGGCUGCAAUCUUUUUCAGCCUUGAAGACAUAAGAAUUAAGGACGUAUCUUUUAGCAUUCAAGCAGAUCUGUCAUUACUUAUUUUACAGUCGACUGGGCCUGCAAAUUGUGAUUCUCGACUAGUUUAUUCCAACCCCGUCAAUUGAAUUUGCGCAAUGGCGGAUGUAACCUCCGAAUGUAAUAUCAAGGUGUUGUGUCGCUUUCGCCCUCUGAAUCAAUCGGAGAUUCUGCGUGGGGAUCAAUUUAUUCCUACAUUUCUGGGAGAUGACAGUGUCAGCGUUGGGGGACGGUCAUACGUGUUCGACCGGGUUUUUCCCACCAACACCACUCAGGAGCAGGUCUACAAUACCUGUGCUAAACAGAUUGUCAAGGAUGUGCUGGGUGGAUACAAUGGCACUAUUUUCGCAUAUGGACAGACCGCCUCCGGCAAGACUCACACCAUGGAGGGGAAGCUGCAUGACCCCAAUCAGAUGGGCAUCAUCCCCAGGAUUGCAGAGGACAUCUUCAACCAUAUCUUUGGCAUGGACGAGAACCUGGAGUUCCACAUCAAGGUUUCAUAUUUUGAAGUCUAUAUGGACAAAAUUCGGGAUCUGCUGGAUGUAACCAAGACUAACCUGGCUGUUCAUGAGGAUAAGAACAAGAUCCCAUAUGUGAAGGGCUGCACCGAGCGCUUUGUGUCCAGCCCUGAUGAGGUCAUGGAUGUCAUUGACGAGGGGAAGAACAACCGCCAUGUUGCCGUCACCAACAUGAAUGAGCACAGCUCUCGCAGUCACAGCAUCUUCCUGAUCAACAUCAAGCAGGAGCACGUGGAGACGGAGCAGAAGUUGUGUGGGAAACUCUACCUGGUGGACUUGGCUGGUAGUGAGAAGGUCAGCAAAACGGGCGCUGCGGGUGCCGUUCUUGAUGAGGCCAAAAACAUCAACAAGUCUCUGUCAGCCCUGGGCAACGUAAUCUCUGCACUGGCUGAAGGGACGAAAACCCACGUGCCAUACCGUGACAGCAAGAUGACCCGUAUCCUGCAGGACUCUCUGGGUGGCAACUGUAGGACCACCAUGUUCAUCUGCUGCUCUCCGUCCAGCUUCAACGACGCUGAGACCAAGUCCACCCUGAUGUUUGGACAACGCGCUAAGACCAUCAGGAACACGGCCUCCGUCAAUCUGGAGCUGACGGCCGAUCAGUGGAAGAGGAAGUACGAGAAGGAGAAGGAGAAGAACAAAACCAUGAAGGAAACGGUUCAGAGGCUGGAGGCUGAGCUCAACCGCUGGAGGAACGGGGAGAAUGUUCCUGAGACGGAGAGGACCACUGCUGACGUGGUGCGCCUGGAGUCGGCGGAGGAGCGGAGCCCCGUGAUGAUCCUGGACAACGACACCUCCUCCAUCGUGGUGCGCAUCUCCGAGGAGGAGCGCCAGAAGUACGAGGAGGAGAUCCGCAAGCUCUACAAGCAGCUGGACGACAAGGAUGAUGAGAUCAACCUGCAGUGCCAGUUGGUUGAGAAACUGAAGGAGCAGAUGCUGGAUCAGGAUGAGCUGCUGGCGUCGUCCCGUGGGGAUGGGGACAAGGUGCAGGCGGAGCUGGGCCGCCUGCAGGUGGAGAGCAACUGUGCCAAGACAGAGGUGAAGGAGGUGCUGCAGGCACUGGAGGAGCUGGCCAUCAACUACGACCAGAAGAGCCUGGAGGUGGAGGAGAAAGGCCUGCAGAACCAGCUGCUGGCCGACCAGUUGGCCCAGAAGAUGGCCAAUCUGAUGGAGUUGGAGGCGGAGCUAUCCCACAUGCAGGAAGUGAGUGGUCAGCAGAGGAAGCGCAUCGCUGACGUCCUCAACGGCCUGAUGAGGGACCUAAGUGAGUUCAGCACCAUCGUGGGCAACGGGGAGAUCAAGCUGCCGGUGGAGAUCAGCGGGGCGAUCGAGGAGGAGUUCACGGUGGCCCGUCUCUACAUCAGCAAGAUCAAGUCGGAGGUCAAGUCCAUGGUGAAGCGCUGUCGCCAGCUGGAGAACCUGCAGCUGGAGUGUCAUCGCAAGAUGGAGGAGACGGGCCGCGAGCUCUCCUCCUGCCAGCUCCUCAUCUCACAGCAUGAAACGAAGAUCCGCUCUCUGACGGAGUACAUGCAGAGUGUUGAGCAGAAGAAGAGGAUGCUGGAGGAGAGCCACGACUCUCUCAGCGAGGAGCUGGCCAAGCUGCAGGACCCGGAUAACUCUCUGCUUGAGGAGAAGGAUGGAGAGAAGGGUGAGACCGAGGAGGGUAACGUCAAGAAGGUUCCUCGGCAGCAGGGGGACUCUCACCGUGGUCUCCAACAAAGGCAGAUGGCCCGUCUGCGGGAUGAGAUCAACGAGAAGCAGAGGAUCAUCGAUGACCUCACUGAGUCAGUGUCAUCAAGACUACUUCAUAACCAGAAGCUGCAGAUUGAGUUGACUCAGGUGCUUGCCGACUUUGACCGUUUGAAGAGCGUGGACAGCAGCAAGAGCGAGCGGCUGGAGGAACUGUCAUUCCUGCAUGAACGCCAUGAGCAGACCAAGCAGGACCUCAAAGGGCUGGAGGACACCGUCGCCCGGGAGCUCCAGACCCUCCACAACCUGCGCAAGCUGUUCGUUCAAGACCUCACGUCGCGGGUUAAAAAAAGUUCCGAAAUGGAGCCUGAUGACAGUGGGGGGCCUUGCACCCAGAAACAGAAGAUUUCCUUUCUUGAGAAUAACCUGGACCAACUUACAAAGGUUCACAAACAGCUGGUUCGUGACAAUGCAGAUCUGCGCUGUGAGCUUCCAAAGCUGGAGAAACGUCUUCGGUCUACUGCUGAGAGAGUUAAGGCCCUGGAGACGGCACUGAGGGACGCCAAGGAGGGCGCCAUGAUCGACAGGCGUCGUUACCAGCAGGAGGUGGACCGCAUCAAAGAAGCCAUGAGGACCAAGAACGCUCUGAGGCGCCCCCAUGCGGCACAGAUCGCCAAACCAGUGCGACCGAAGCAGCUGCCAGUGUGCUCUCCUACCAACCCGUUCUACACGCGUGUCAGUGAGCCGGCGAACACCUACAGUAAUGCCCUGUUCCAGAGCUCCAUCACAGAACAGACCACCGCACCCAUCUCUAAUAUCAGCUCCGUCUCGACCAACAUAGUGUCCACAGCGCUGGGCUACAGAGCAGUCAACCCCGCAGACAUGCUGGAGUCCUACCCACUCAACAUAGACAGGGAUAACGGAAACACCGUAGACGUCAAUGACAACAGGAGUGAUGUGCACUGUGGCAGUAAGGUGGACGACCCAGGCAGACUCUACAUCGUUCAGCAGGAGACCGCUGCAAGUUAAUGACAUGAUGGCCGAACACUGUGUUCAGUACCUCUCCCAUAUAUUUGCAUGCCGCCGUCUAGCGUCCCUCCCCCUGCACCCGUACGUGGCCAAUGACCGCCCCCCUGUAGCCCAAGUCUUACUGUAAUAGCUCAGCCCCAUGCUCCCAAUGGUGACCACCCACUCAUACGCUCCUGUGAUUAUAACACAUAGUAGUGUAUACUCCUGUAUGGGUAUUGACCAGCACUGUGUCUGUGUAUGUACUGUCCCACUUUACUCGACAGUGGCAUCAUAAUGCUGACCUAGAGCGUCGUCAUAACCAUGCCCUGGCAUCUCUCCUAUAAGACGUUGUGUCGGCUUACGAACAAAGGAUCUCACUCUGCAUGUUGCCCAGCUAGCCAAUUAGCCAACCUGAAUCUGUGCAUGUUUCAUGACAGCGUUACGCAAUUUUUUCUAUGAACUGGGCUAAACCGCUACAGAUGUCAUGCAGAGUUUAUGAUGCUUUUGUACUAGCUGUACGAUGUCAUUGUCCAGUCAGUACUGAGGCAUGUGUAACUCAGCUGUGCUUUAUGGCCUUUAGAGUCUAACACAGCCGUAACAACAAAUGACAACAGCUGAUUUCACAUGAUCAUAACAUGCAGUCAUGUGUGUACAUAUAGAAGUAUCUGUGUAUUUCCUACCUCUAGCUCUACUGAUACACCUUUUGGCGUCAUUUCCAAAACCGAUUCCAAUAUGUUGUUAUAUUAGUAGAUUGUAGGCAGUGAAGCGAGCUGUUGUGUUGUCCAGUGAACUCGUUUGUUUAUACAAAGACUCCUCUUCAUGAAGUAAAGCAUGGAGGUUAUUGAUCAGAUAGUCUCUUAUUUUAAAAUAGUGGCCCUUCUACCUGCUCCUCAAAAAAAUGCAUUUUGACAAGCGGUUCUCUCUGUGUUCUGUUAUAGGGUACAAAAUCACGUCAAACGUUUCUCAACCUCUAUAUUAAAAAAAUUAAGUUAUUCAAUGUACCCACAAAACACCAUGUGUUUUCAACCUUCUCCCAACUGAGCUGCCACCAGAAAUGGGUUUGAAAGCAUUUCAUUUUAUAGUAACCGUGGCAUGUUAGUAAUAUCAGCUUUGCUUUACUCUCCAGUGCUCUGCUGUGUUUUCUCAGUCAGAAUCCUGAUCAGCCAAUCGGGACAGAGAAAACCAGCGGUUGCUGGAGCAGUGUUGGGUCUUUUGACAGGUAUUGCACUGUAUAGAGUUGGUACACUGACUGUAGUCUGACUGUACAGUGUUGACUUCAGGUCAACACUAACAGAUCCUUUGACCCACAUGUUGGCCUACUAAUAUCAACAAUAUGACUGGAGCCUACAGCAUCUCAGGAUCUCUGAUUGAUAACAGUGUGUAGUGGGGCCACCUAUGUCUUGUCUAUUUAACAACAAAAUUGCUAAGUGAUCGAAGACUCAUAACCUCCUCCACUUGGAUACAUGAAAGACUGAAUGAUUUCGAACCAGGCUUGCCCCUGGUGAUUGUUUUGAUUCCCGUUUGAGGUCGUUUUUGGAUGUAACAUGUUUGAGAAAUUGUACUACAGUCUAUAGUACAAUAGUGUGUCACUGUCUGACUUUAGCAUAUCUAACAUAUGUGAUAAUAUUGUUCAACUUGUAAGUAUAACUGCAUAUCAGUAUGUGAUUAAAUGAAAGGAAAUUAGCCACCUAAUAUUACUUUGUUAUGGAACCAUAAUGUGUACUGUAUGUAUUAAUUUCUGUAGGCCUAUAUGCUCGUUAUGUGAUUCAUCGUGCGACAUGCAUAUUUCUGUAUAUACUCAUUAAAAUAUGUGAAUCAUUGUGUUGUAGUUGGCAGAAAUAAACCCUUACCGAAAUAAGUUAUUAAAGACAAUCAUGUCCAAAGAA